AUGAAGUUAGCAAAACUAUUAUUAUCAUUUGCCUGCGUAUUUGAAGCUACCUACGCAGUUGUUGUUACAAAUCCGCUAUCCCCAAGCAAUAACUUAAAGGUCUUUCACAAGAAACAAAUCACGUGGGACUACUCUUCUGACAUCAUGAGAGGUGUUAACCUUGGUGGUUGGCUACUCCUAGAACCAUACCUCACCCCAUCCAUUUUCGAAACCUUUGCAGGACCAAAUGGUGACCAAUCCAAUAUUCCUCCAGAUGAAUAUCAUCUUACCCAAGCUUUAGGAAAAGACUUGGCUUUUAACAGAUUGAACCAACAUUGGAGUUCUUAUUAUGUUGAAGCUGAUUUUCAACAAAUGAGUGAAUUGGGUUUAAAUAUGGUUAGAAUUCCAAUUGGAUACUGGGCUUUUGACUUGAAAGAUAAUGACCCAUAUGUCCAAGGUCAAGUUGAGUAUUUAGACCAAGCCAUCGAAUGGUGUAGAACGUACAAUUUAAAAGUUUGGAUCGAUUUACAUGGUGCUCCAGGAUCUCAAAAUGGGUUCGAUAAUUCUGGUUUAAGAGAUUCUUAUCGUUUCCAAGAUGGUGAUAAUACAGAUUUCACAAUCAAAGUCUUGGGUGAUGUCUUUACCAAAUAUGCCGAUGAAUCGUACAGUGACGUCAUUAUUGGUAUCGAAUUAGUAAAUGAGCCAUUAGGUCCAGUUUUGGAUAUGGACAAAUUGAAAAACUUCUUUACUACCGGUUAUAACAACUUACGUCAAGGCGGUUCAAACAGUCCAGUAAUUAUCCAUGAUGCGUUCCAACCAUCCGGAUAUUGGAAUAACUUUAUGACUCUGGAUCAAAACUAUUUUAAUGUGGUCAUUGAUCACCAUCACUAUCAAGUUUUCUCCGCUCCAGAAUUGCAACGUGAUAUUAACGCCCAUGUUUCAGUUGCUUGUAACUGGGGUUGGGAUGCUAAACAAGAAUACCACUGGAACAUUGCUGGUGAAUGGUCUGCAGCUUUGACCGAUUGUGCCCCGUGGCUUAAUGGUGUUGGAAGAGGUGCUAGAUAUGAAGGGGCUUAUGACAAUUCUCCGUAUAUUGGAUCUUGUGCACCACUCCAAAAUAUUUCUACUUGGCCAGAAGAUUAUAAGGUUAAUGUUAGAAGAUACAUUGAAGCUCAAUUGGAUGCAUUUGAAUACACCGGAGGCUGGAUCUUCUGGAAUUGGAAAACUGAAAAUGCUCCAGAAUGGGAUCUUCAAAAAUUAAACCUCAAUGGUUUAUUCCCACAACCAUUGACUGAUAGACAAUAUCCUAAUCAAUGUGGAUUUUAA